AUGACGGAACGUGCUUUCAUAAUCACAGACCGCGGCUUUAUCGGUCUAGGACCUUCGUACACGCAGCCAGGCGAUAUUGUAUGUGUACUUCGAGGAGGGAGUGUGCCAUUUGUGUUACGGCCGCUAGAGGGAGAUUAUUAUCAGUUCGUGGGGGAAUGCUAUGUGCAUGGGAUUAUGAAUGGG